AUGCGUUUGCAAAAGAACAUGUCUUCUUACGUUGAGAGUGACCAUUGGACAGCUAUCCUCGAAGAGAUUCACGACUUGAAAGACAUGGCAGACGAAGAAGCUACGUAUGUCUAUGAUUCGGUAGAAGAGGAGACCCAAAGACUACCCGGAGCCGACUUGUUCUUCCUACACACUUAUCCCGCCACUAAGAUGGAGCUCAUAGCUGCUUUGCCUCCUCGACAUGUUGUCGACAGCAUUAUAGCUCAAUAUUUCAAGACAGCUGACAUGCCCAUUACUCUCAUUAUCCAUCGUCGUGUCUUCUUUAAGCAGUACGAAAGCUUCUGGCAAGAUCCGCUCAAUACGCCUACCAUGUGGAUGACCAUACUCUACGGCAUGAUGUUUAUAGUGGCAUACGGUACACUGAACAUCAAUGCUGGAGGCAACCCAGUCGACGAAGGCACUCUACCGGAGUAUCAGAACAUCGUCCUGACAGCUCGAGAAAAAAUGAUUCAGUGUCUGAGACUAGGUAACUACAUGAAGGGAACGCCUCAUACCAUCGAAGCGUUGCUCACUUUACUCCAAACUGAGUACAUUCAGGGAGAAGAGGCACAGCACGGAUGCUGGCAGUUGAUUGGGACCAUCAUUCGCGUCGCACUCAAGAUGGGCUAUCACCGAGAUGGAUCACACUUUCCAGAAAUAUCACCCUUUGAAGCGGAGAUGCGUCGACGUACUUGGUAUAUGCUGAUACAAUUCGACAUUGCCUCUGCGUCCCAAGUCGGACUGCCACGAACUAUCAAAGAAGCGCAGUGUGACGCUGCUGAGCCCCACAACCUGCUCGAUGAUGACUUCGACGACACUAUUACCGUACUGCCGCCAGCAAGGCCAUUCAAUGAACACACACUGUCGCAAUUUCUGAUCUAUAAAAGCAGAGUAGUCACCGUCUACGGUAUGAUUUGCGACUUCACAACCUCAUCUAAGCAGCGCGACUACGACGAAGUAACCAGACUAGACAAACUACUCCGCACGGCAUACACGCAAAAGCCUCCUGUUCUCGAGAUCAAGCCGCUCCACCGUUCUAUCAUGGAUGGCACAGAACUAAUCACGCGACGUCUAUACAUCGCAAUGAGUUUCUACCAUGCACAAAUGACACUGCAUCGCAAGUUCAUGAUCCUCGCGAAAAACAACAGCAAAUAUAGCGCGUCACAUACAACUUGCCUGGAGGCAGCUUUCGCAGCAUUGCAGCUCCAAACCGAGCUGUUUGAGCAUACUCAGACGGGACGUAUGCUUUAUUCUGACCGCUGGAGGAUACUUUACUUGAUUCAAUCGGAGUUCUUGCUCGCGACUAUCAUCCUUUGCUAUAAUCUUGAUGACGACGUCACGAAUGCGCGACGUAUCAAAUUCUCGCUCUCUACGUCUCAACUGAUCGAGAAGAUUGUUGUCGCGCUAAAUUCCGCGCAAGAUAUCUGGAGGAAGCAGCAGGACUUUUCGAAGGAGGCGCAGACGGCAGUAAAAGCUAUAGACAUUGUCCUCUCUAAAGCACAUCAUAAGACGGUCAUUGGUCCAAGCGCCACCCCUGUCUGGACUUCUCCCCAAGCCAAACCCGCAAAUGUUACCGAAUCGAAAGAAACAGGCAUCACUGCUUCCAUGCCGGCGAUCGCCGAACCGAUGCCUCAAAGUCUUCCCAGCUCCAACUUGAGGCAAUCGGCAUCCCAGGUCAACCCUUCUCAGACUAUAUUGUCAACCCAAGAGGCGGAUCUUACCGAAGGUCCUUGGAAUGAGUUCUUUGAUUUCGAUCAAUCAUGGGACAUCUGGAUGCAGCUCUAG